AUGCCACCCAAAACUAGCGGUAAAGCAGCUAAAAAGGCCGGUAAGGCUCAAAAAAAUAUUUCCAAGUCUGAUAAGAAAAAGAAACGCAGGAGGAAGGAAAGCUACGCAAUUUACAUCUACAAAGUGCUGAAGCAGGUACAUCCAGAUACCGGUAUUUCCAGCAAAGCGCAGGUACAUCCCGAUACGGGUAUAUCCAGCAAAGCGAUGAGCAUCAUGAACAGCUUCGUCAACGAUAUUUUCGAACGUAUCGCUGCGGAAGCUUCCAGAUUGGCACAUUACAACAAACGUGCCACGAUAACUAGCAGAGAAAUUCAGACAGCCGUACGACUAUUGCUACCGGGAGAAUUGGCCAAGCACGCAGUCAGCGAAGGUACCAAGCCGUCACCAAGUACACCAGUUCAAAAUAAUAUAGACGUUGUAUUCGCUUCGACGGUUAUACGGUUCGAAAAAUAA